AUGUCUGACCACAACUUGUUCAAUUAUUUUUUCGCCAACUGUGAAGACUACGACGACAUAACAACGGAACCUCUUCAUGAUGGCAAUGGCAAUGUUGAAGAACCAGAUCAUUUCGAAUAUACCCAAAACUUAAAUCUGAAUGGACUAUUGGACUUUGACGCCAGUUUUGAUGACCGCGCGGAGAGUGACGGCCAAAAAAUGGAGAAAAUAUCUGCCUGUGAUAUUGGGUUGCAAGCAGUAGAGACUAAGCAAGAUUCCAAAUCUCCAAACUUCCGAUUGUCUCAUAAGGAUGACAAGAGAGAUAAAGUUGGUCAAGAAAAAAUGAAGAAAAGAGCUGCCGAUUUUGAAGAAGACGAUGAUGACAAUUAUGACCAAGACGAUAUACGAAGCUCGGAAGCUUAUACGAACAACGGGUCGUAUAACAACAAUUUCUCUUAUAGAAACUGGGAUAAACGAAAUGUGAAUGUUGUUCCAUUAGACCCGAGCGGAAUCUCGCUCUUCGACAGCAAUGAUUUUCCAAAAGAUGUAGUAGGAAACAACAAGUCUCAAAAACCUCACCAAUUGCGUACCAUCUCACCUACACAGACGUCAACUCACAAACUGGAAAGAUCCAAAAAACGUCUAGAGAGAAUGCGAUUCCCAAUUCCUCGAGAGAAACCGGUUUGCCAAAAGAGAAGGAAACCCAAUAAUCUGGUUAAUUAUCAAUCGAUUCCUCAAUUGUAUCAUGUUCCCGGCUUUUCAAAGCCUAUAAUCAACCGUCAGAGCCUUCAUCGUGGGAGGAUCACAAGUAUCGAAGAAUGUGAAGAGUCUAUAAAUGCUCUCAACGGAGGAACACUCGACGUAGUCGAAGAUCAACGAACAAAACGAAAGAUCGUAGACUUCCUCCAGCUCUAUGGCUAUUCUUUCUUUUCUUUGAAUGAGAACAAAAAGACUGAUGACAACGUUGUGAGGAAUGAUGUGAAAACAGUUUCCAAUAACGGAUUUGAAGAAGAAAUCAAUUGGAGCGAGCUGUUUCCGUUUGAAGAGGCUGAUGAAGAAAGAUAUGGAGAAGGAAAUAGGCGGAUCAGUCGAGAAGAUGAAAAUCUUCAUCAAAUGGAUGCGAGUGCAACAAUACUGAAUGCCGGAAAUCUAAAAAAGAAUCACUCUGGAAUCGAAAAGAUGUAUUUGGCUGCAUGUAACGCAAUAUCGAACUCCGCAAUUCUUACUGUUUCUCCGGUUGUCGUCAGAAACUUAUUCAACCAUCUUGCACAGUCUUCACCAGUGAAUAAAGUCAAUACGGAAUUUCCUGGACUUGAACGGUGGAACCUAACUGAUGCUGAAAGAAUUGGAUUGCCCUCAGCAGAUGAAUAUGAGAUUGACCCCAUAGUGUAUGUUACUAUGGGUCAACUGGCAAUACGAAAUUCUCCAUACAAGUUUCUGACAGAAGAUCAAAUUGCUUCCUUCAUACUGCAUCACUGGCCCCACUUUCGGUUUGCCAACUAUGGUUCAUGGAAACAAUCGUUGACAUUAGCUUUGAGGAGAAAGUUCUUCCACAAAAUGAGUAGAGGAGAAAUGGGUCUUCCACGCCAUCUCUUCUAUCAGACGGUUGGUCUCUGUGCUCCAGAAUUCUCCGGACCAGAAAACUCGUCCAUUUUCUACCAUUUCCUCUCAUUGGGUCUUAUACCACGAAAGCUUUGCAAGCUGUUUCGCCCACAUUUUGAAUGCCAGAACAACAACGAACCGAAAUUUGUGGAAGCCAAUAAGGAGUUGGUUCCCGAUGACUUGAGCAAGCCGGAGUUUUUGGAAGGAUUUGGAGUCAAUAUGGUGAACGGAAGACCGGGUAGAUUUGAACAAGGAAUGGCGGAUCGGUUUCAUAUGAACAUCGACUGGUAUUUCAACGUUCAAAAGCAGUAUGCGAAACUUGGAUCUCCAAAUUGGACAACACCGCCGUUAAACAGCUCUUCUCUCCUGUAA